AUGAAGGAAGAAGCUGGAGUUGAUCUCAUAGAAUCACGAAUACCAUCCCACAAAACAAUGAACCUCAUGGACUUCACUCGCUACCUUCUCGUUCGCCGCGCUGAUUGGGAUCGUCGCAAGGAAUUCUAUUCGCAUCCUGCUCAUACUCGAUGGAAAUGGCACUCCUUCAUAAACCGUCAGAAGAGCGAAUCAGACCUCAUAAGUAACAUGCGCAACAAGUACGGUGAAAACUUUACUGUUGUGAUGGGUGAUUGGAGCGAUGCUGGUCGAACUGCAAAAUUUCAGACCUCAUCAAAGACAAAAGGCUGGCGCACCCUCUUUAAGCGGAACAGGAUAAACUGCUUCCUUCUCGAUGAGUACAAGACCUCAUCUGUUUGCCCUCGCUGUUCAUCCUCUGAGUUUGUCGAGAAAGGCUUCAAAGAACGACCUCAUUCAAGACCUUGGCAGCGAGGCAAGGUUGAAAAAGUCCAUGGAUUGCUGGGUUGUACCAACCCUAACUGUUUGCAGCAAGACUGGACGUUGAGAAUGCGCUACUGGAACCGAGAUACGCUGGCAACCUGUAAUAUGCUAACGAUCGUGCAAUCAAUGUUGGAUGGACACGGUAGACCAGAGGUGUUCAGCAGGAGCAGCAGGAGUGUUCCAGCGGUAGCGUAG